CACCCUAGAAGACGAGUCACGAGUCCGACGAACCAGCAGCAGUGCCAAACCAAAAACGAAACACAGAAAUUAGGAGGAGGGCUUUAGAGCCUUCUGAAUCCGCAGAGGAAAGCAAAGAGUAAAAAUUACAACUGAAGGAAAAAUGGGGUGGAUCGGAGAUACUGUCGAUUCCAUCAAAUCCAUCCAGAUCCGCCAGCUCCUCACUCAGGCCGUCAGUCUAGGAAUGAUUGUUACAUCUGCUCUAAUAAUAUGGAAGGGGUUGAUGUGCAUCACUGGUAGUGAGUCUCCUGUAGUGGUUGUUCUAUCUGGAAGUAUGGAACCUGGCUUUAAGAGGGGGGAUAUUUUGUUUUUGCACAUGAGUAAAGAUCCAAUUCGUGCAGGAGAGAUUGUUGUUUUUAAUGUAGAUGGCCGUGAAAUUCCAAUUGUCCAUCGUGUAAUCAAGGUACAUGAAAGGCAAGAAACGGGGGAAGUUGAGGUCCUCACAAAAGGAGAUAAUAACUAUGGGGAUGACAGACUUUUGUAUGCUCAAGGUCAGCUGUGGCUGCAGCGGCACCAUAUCAUGGGGAGAGCUGUUGGGUUCUUGCCUUAUGUUGGUUGGGUGACAAUUAUCAUGACCGAAAAGCCUAUUAUCAAGUACAUUCUUAUUGGCGCAUUGGGAUUGCUUGUCAUAACUUCAAAGGACUGAAAGAUUUAGCAAUAUGAAGAAGGCCAGGGAAAAAAACGAUUCAAAGAGUAGAAAGUGGCUGUUACCAUUUUUUCCCUCUUGGGAGAGAUUUUACAACCCCUUUUUGAAAGCUGAACAAAAGAAAAGAUAAUUUUAUCAGAUAAAUUACUAUGUGACAGAUUUUUAUGCAUGACUAGUUACAGAACCUUGAUUUUUUUUUUUCA